CACGUACCUCUUUCUCUCUCUUUUCUUUCCAUCUUCCUUCUCGAAGCCCUAUAAAAAUAUUCCCAUGCAUCUUCCAACCCUUCAACAUUAAUUAAGCACUUCUUUAAUUUAAUCAACAUGGACUUCACUCCUCCGCCGAUGCCGCCGCCCUCGUCGUCGUCUUCGUCUUCGUCUUCGUCCUCUUUGCGUACUCUGGAAAUCACCGUGAUAUCCGGCGAGGGCCUGCGCCUCGGCAGCCGGAGAACGGCCAAGAACGCCUUCGUCACGAUCCAAACGGACCAUUACAACAGCCGGACGACGAGGGUCGAUACCGAAGGCGGCAGCCACCCCUCGUGGAACGAGAAACUGGUGGUGGAUUUGCCGGUUCACUCCCGGUUCGUGACCGUGGAGGUGCAGUGCAGGGCCGGGUCGGGCAGCCGAACAGUAGGGACGGCACAGAUUCCUGCAACAGACUUCGUUGGGGGAUACACGCCGGAGAACUACCUGCAUUUCUUGAGUUAUCGGUUGAGGGACCCCGCCGGGGUUCGAAAUGGGAUCAUUAAUAUUUCGGUGAGAGUGAAAGCGGGGCCGGAGGGUGGUGGCACAUCGUCGUGGCCGGAAUUAUCGCGGCCGUACAGGAUGGAGGGAAGCUUGGCGUGCGGGAAGGAUUCUGGGUGGGUGGUGACUGGAAUCCCGGUUUGGUAUUGAUCAUAUAUAUAUAUAUCCGAUGUAAAUUUCGCGGGUUGAUGAAUUUGAAACCUUCUGUAAAUAGCGUACUCAAAUUGAGGGAUUGAUUUAUUAA